UCUCUCUCUCUCUCUCUCUCUCUCUUCUCCUUCCUCGAUAUAAGCAAAGCAAGCCUUUAGCUCACUGCCUUGCUCUUGUGCUCCCAAGUCUGCAACCAUGCAAGUUCCAAACUCAUUCAAGCUUGCUUUGCUCAAGCAAAUGCUUCUGGGCUUCCAGCUAUCAGAUGUUUCAUCCAACAGCAUGAGCUUCCACGAGAGGAAGAAUGCCAUCAAGCUCUCGGCCGACGCCGCCAUGGUCUUCGCCAGAGGCAGCACAAGGUGGACUCGGGGCCUCGUCGCAAGCCUCUCCAAGAACAGGAACAACGACGGCCUCCUCAGAGGCAUCCUGGGGAAGAAGUAUGAGAGGCUAAGCUUGCCAUGCUGCAACUCAUGGAAGAUCCCAAGGUCCAGGAAGAUCCUAAAAAGGUGCUUGGGGCUAUGCUCAAGGAGGAAGAAGGCAACAGGUCCACAACAUGAUGUCGAGAGCAGUAGCACCCUCGCAAGGAGGCUGGCGAAGAAGAGGAUCCAAGUGCUCAAAAAGCUUCUGCCAGGAGGUGAGUCCAUGGAAGGCUUCUCUUUGCUGGAUCAGACUCUGGACUAUGCUGUGUCUCUCAAAGCUCAGGUUGACAUAAUGCGAAGGCUCUUGAAGAUCUCCAAAGCCUCAAAUCUCAACAAAUGAAGGUUUGUGGAUGUGGAGGCUCAGAUUCCACAGCCAGAAGAAAUGUUUCUGGAUAUGUAGCAUGAAGUCAAGAAUGUGCUCAUGAAGAAAGAAGCAUGACUGGACUUCUCCUGCUCUUUUGUUCUACAGCCUCCAUCUGAAGGAGGAAGAAGAAGAAGAACAUGCCCAAAGGCAUUGAAAUGAUUAAGGUUGUACAGCAGUGCAGAAAUGUCUUGAGAGAGAGGAAGUUUAAGUAGAUGUGCAACUAAUUUCCUUCAUGUUGAUAUGUCAUUUCUAGCUGUAAUUAUGUGGACAUAUAAUGGCUACAAUGUU